AUACUUCAAUUGCAUCAUGUUCAUGGUGGCGAGCAGCGUCGUGCUGACCGUUCUGGUGCUCAACUAUCAUCACAGAUCGCCCGACAGAUACGUGAUGCCAAAUUGGACGAAAAUAGUGUUUCUACAAUGGCUGCCGUGUGUGUUGCGCAUGAGUCGGCCGGGCAAGAAGAUCACGAAGAAGACCAUUCUCAUGAGUAAUCGGAUGAAGGAGCUGGAGUUGCAGGAGAGGAGCAGUAAGAGUUUACUGGCGAACGUUUUAGAUAUCGACGAUGAUUUUCGCCAUGGGAACAGCGCCGCCAAUCCUGCCUCGGGCUAUAUAAGCAGGUCGGCGUACGGUACACCGUUAUCGACCAGGCCGGCGACGGUUGAAGAGACUUCGGCAUCGUUGCCUCUCAGCGGCAUGCAGAGGGAACUUCACACAAUUCUCAAGGAAUUGCAGUUCAUCACGAGCCGCAUGAAAAAGUCGGACGAGGAUGACGAGGUCAUUAGCGACUGGAAGUUCGCCGCCAUGGUGGUCGACAGGCUUUGUCUGUUCGUCUUCACGUUAUUCACGGUUUUGGCUACGGUGGUGAUACUGUGUCGCGCGCCACACAUAAUCGUCCAGUAAUAGACUGCCCCGGUCGAACCGAAAAAAUACACAAAACAUGCCAGGGAUAGCGCCUCCUGGAAU